UUAAAAUUUUGUUUUUUAAAAAUUUUAAAUUAUUAUUUGAGACAUUGACUAAGGCCCGUAAGAAAGGUGAGCGAAAAACCAAAAAUAACAUUUACAGACUUCAGAUGUGCAGAUUAGGAAAAUUUCAAAGAAAUCUUUCUUCAAUAGUCUCUAUUAUAAAUAUUUUCUUGUCAUUUUAAGGUAGUUAAAUAAUGAACCUAUUGUUACCUUUGUACAAAGCAAUCUGUUACAAACAUUUCAUUUGCAUCAUAUGGAAAUGUUUUUCUCGUUAUUUUUUUACACUUUUAAUAUGAAAUUUAAACAACAAGAAAAUGGAUGCAGAACAAAUUUUGCUAACCAUAAUUGUUGCAUUUUCUAUUUUUGGAAACACUACAGCGUUAUACUGUCUUGCCAAAAAAAAGGUAAACAACUAUACUAUUUUGUGUAUUAACUUAUCCAUUAGCGAAACACUUCAAAGUGUAUUUGGUUAUUUACCAACCUUUUUUUUAAAUAAAACCUCACAAGAAGCUACGCUUUUGUGUAAGUUAGCAGCAUUCUUUACCGCAUUUCCUUCGUUUGCUUCAAUAUCGAUUCUCACCGCAGUAGCAAUAUCAAGGGUGGUUUUACUGGAAAAACCGUUUUUAAGUAACCAUGGAUGUUACAAAACUUUAUUUUUCAAAAUUGGAAUUGCAUCGUGGAUAUACUCAUUAUUUUGGGCAUCAUUACCAUUAAUGGGCUUAUCUUGUUAUACGCUUGAAGCUACGCGUUCAAGAUGUGCCAUAAACUGGUCUCCGAAGAUGCUUUCGGAGAAAAUAUUUUUAGUAAUACUUGUGGUGUUCAUUUUUUUUUUGCCGCUGCUUAUAAUUUUAGUGUCGUGUUUGUACACUGCAAGGGUGAUUCAUCUUAAGUUUAAAUAUUUUUCAAAUACUUAUGGCAAAGAUAAUAUAGAAACAAAAAGGUUUAAAUCAAAAGAAAACAAAGCAGUUUCAUCUUUUAUAAUAAUGGUUUUGACGUUUGUUAUAUGCUGGGCGCCGUAUGCAACUAUUGGUCUCUUGUCCGCAUUUACAUCUUUAGUUAUUCCAGUUUUACUCCUAAGAGUGGCUGCAUUGUUCUCAAAGUUAUCUGCUGUCGUCAAUCCCAUUAUAUACUACUCUAAAGACAACUUGUACUACAACCUAACUGUUGCCGUUAAGUUUAGAGCGUCGUUUUUAAGCAAAUCUUUUCUAAUUGAAGAUGCAAAAAAGAUAACUAAUAAUCCAUGCAAUUCAUAAAUUUUAUGAAUUUUUUUGAAUUAUAUAAAAAAUAAAAAGCCUAUUUAUAUGUGAAUUUGUAGAAAGAUCUUGAUUAAUUAAAUAAAUAAAUUAUCUUUAAU